CCACAAUCAACAUCGCACUCGACGCCCAUCAUGUCUGACAAGAAUAGUCGACCCCCAAAUCAUCCUGUAUCUGCCAAACAUUUAGCAUACGUUACCGAAAGCUCAUCCGCAAACCUGCCUGCAGGUCAACAGUACGGUACCUUUACAGCGCCUGGAUUUAUUUCUUGUAACCCUGCCGAACCCACCAAUUAUGAAGUCAUACUGUCCGCCAACACCUCAGCAGCAUUUGCUCUAGAAUCGGGUUACAUUUACUCUCUCACAGGAAAACUUAUGGUGCUUGGUUCCGAGUCCCCACCAAUAUUCACUUACUUUCCUGAGACCAUGGUCAGAGUGUGUAAGCUUGAACACUUCAUUGGCGACACCACCAAUAACAUCCAUCGAUGCCAUCGGAACUGCAAUAACAGCUGA